AUGUCAAUGCUCGAUACGGCAACCGCUUUCUCCUAUCAUAAUUCUCAAUCCGACUCCAAAAAUUCCGGAGGUCUAUUUAGUAAUCUUGCGCUCCCAUCCACCCAACUUUUAUCCUCCUCUCUGGUUAUGCUUCCAUUGGGUGGAUAUUUUUCGCAGCGAUCAUCGUCUCCGGAGCAAGAGAAAGUUUCACAGCAACAAAAUAUUUCCUCAGCCAGUAUUCCUUCACACUCUACGCCACAACAACCAACCCAUAAUAACAAACGUUCCUCACGGAAAGUCAAUCAGCAACAACAAAGACAAUCUUUUUCUUCGGCUAUCGCUUCCACCUUGACGGUUGGUAAUAUGGGCAGCAUCUUAUCUUCUUCGAACGACGGCAGUAGUAAUAACGACGUCAGUAGUAAUAACGAUACCACUAGUAAUAACGAAACCGCCCCCAAGAAAAAUUCACCGGCGAUCGUCAAUGGCGCACAUCAUCAUCGCAGAAAGAGGCCAUCCAACAAAAUCAUCCGUAAGAAAAUCGAUCAGGCGAUCGCGUUCUCCGCUUAUGCCGUGGAAGAAGAUCAUCAAGAAAAUUCGGACUGCGCGCUUGACCUCUAUUUGAUGGCCCUUGAAAACAUGUUGGAAGCCUUGCCAAUUCAAGCCGAUCAAUCAAGGAGAGAUGCAUUUAAAAACAAAUUAAGGGAAUUCAUGGACCGCACAGGAUUGACCGAAGAAUUCAUGGAAUCCAAGAAUCCACCAUCGUUGUCACCGGCUUCUGAUCAAGAGGAAAAGAAAUGCGAAUGCACCUCAUCAACAUGGUCACCGACAUCACAAAGCAUAAAGGAUUCUGGAAUAUCUAAACACAUAAUCAACGCUGCCAUAACAAGCGCCGUGGCAUUAAAACAAUCUCCAAUUCCUGACGCCGUGUCGGCAACUGUAAAUUACACCAUGAGGAAAAUCAAGAACAUCGAUGAGGCCUACGGGUUACAGGAUAAGGCAUGGGAGAUAUCGAGAACCGGAAUCAACUUGGCAUUGGAAAUUGAUCAACAAUACAACGUACACGAGAAAGUCGGUAAUGCACUGUUUACGGGCUUGGCCGCGGCCAUGAAAGCAGGCAUCGCGUACAAGGAUUCACCCUCGUACCGCGAAUUGAAAAAGAUGAAGGAUCAGUAUAGCGCGGCCGGUAGUGAGAAAAAUGAUGAUGACACCUGUAAUAGUAGCACCCAAGAAUGCGAAGGUGGCGGCUGUAAGGGGGAUCAGGACAAUGGUGACAUCAAUGGUCUCGAAGAUCCUACCGGAUUUGCACAACUAGGAUCAACCCCCGUGACGUACGCAGUAGACCUUCAUUUAUGCACACCGCCACCUUCUCGUAAUCCAGUUGAUACGAGAAAACCUACGCAUG